AUGAGCUGCCCCUAUGCUGGCAAUGGCAAUGAGCACGACGAUGGCGCCGUUCCGCUGUCCAAUGAGGUGGGCAAAAUCUAUGGCGAGUAUCUGAUGCUGGACAAGCUGUUGGAUGCGCAGUGCAUGCUCUCCAUGGAGGACAAGCGGCCCGUGCACGAUGAGCAUUUGUUUAUCAUAACGCAUCAGGCCUACGAGCUGUGGUUUAAGCAGAUCAUCUUUGAAUUCGACUCCAUACGUGACAUGCUCGACGCGGAGGUCAUCGACGAGACCAAAACAUUGGAAAUCGUUAAACGCUUAAAUCGCGUCGUUCUCAUACUUAAGUUGCUGGUCGAUCAGGUGCCCAUAUUGGAGACAAUGACUCCGCUGGAUUUCAUGGACUUUCGCAAAUAUCUGGCGCCCGCGUCUGGCUUUCAGUCGCUGCAAUUCCGACUGAUCGAGAACAAGCUGGGCGUCCUCACCGAACAGCGUGUGAAAUACAAUCAGAAAUAUUCGGAUGUGUUUGGCAAUGAUGAGCAAGCGCUGCACGCGAUACGCAGCUCCGAGGAUGGGCCAUCGCUGCUGGUGCUGGUGCAGCGCUGGCUGGAGCGCACGCCGGGCCUGGAGGAGGAGGGCUUCAAUUUCUGGUCGAAAUUCCAGCAGAGCGUCGAUCAGUUUCUGGCCGCCCAGGUGCAGAGCGCACUGCUCGAGCCCGUCGAGCGGGCCAAAAACUAUCGCCUCAUGGACAUCGAGAAGCGACGCGAAGUCUAUCGCUCCAUCUUCGAUCCGGCCGUGCACGAGGCGCUGGUGAAGCGCGGCGAUCGACGGUUCAGCCAUCGCGCCCUCCAGGGCGCCAUCAUGAUCACGUUCUAUCGCGAUGAGCCGCGCUUCAGCCAGCCCCAUCAGCUGCUGACCCUGCUGAUGGACAUCGAUUCGCUGAUCACCAAAUGGCGCUACAAUCAUGUGAUCAUGGUGCAACGCAUGAUCGGUUCCCAGCAGCUGGGCACUGGCGGCUCAUCCGGCUAUCAAUAUCUACGCUCCACACUCAGUGAUCGGUACAAAGUAUUCCUGGAUCUGUUCAAUCUGUCCACGUUUCUGAUACCACGCGAGGCCAUUCCGCCUCUGGACGAAACCAUACGCAAGAAGCUUGUCCAUUAAAGCGUUUGACCAUCUCACGAUCAAUUACAUAUUUUCAACUAGUUUAUCUUGUUUUUUUUUUGUUUCUCUUAUUAUUUUUUGCCCAGCACCUGAAGAUCAGUCCAAUAAAACUAGUUGAAAAAUAAGCGUGA